AUGGCCAAAUUUCUUAUGAAGGUGAGCCAAUAUCAAAUUGUUGCCGAUUCAGUUGCAGAACGCAAACUGUUGGAUACGAGAUUCCGGGGUUUCAGUGCGAGGGUUGAAGCGCCUAAAAUGCUGCGCUUCAUUAUCUUUUUGGUUCUCACAGCAAGCUUUCAGCCCGUAUCUGAAGCCGGACUCCUUGAGGCGCAUGCAGAUUAUGCGCUUAAUUUGCUACGCUUCGGUCAUCCAAAUGGAUCAGUAGUGGUAUCUCCGUUUUCGAUUGCGCAAGCAUUUGCAAUGAUCUAUGCUGUCGCAGAAGAUCUCAUCAAGCUGGAGAUGACCGACGUGUUUGCCAGAGGUCAAACGCCGGAGGAUUUCGAGCAGUAUAUGCACAACCUUACUAAUGAAACUGCACAGAACAAAACUCGAAGCUACACAAUGGAGGUUGCUAAUCGUCUUUACAUACAGCAAGAACUGAGAUUAAAAUACGCAUUUGUAGCGGCUGUGAAGAAGUACUACGUCGGACAAAUGAAACGUAUUGACUUUGAAGCAAAUCCUGAUGCUAUCGCGCAGGUAUUUAUUUACUUGUGA